UUGCUUAGCGCUCUGGCGGGCUCAGCAAUGCUUGGUCGUUGUCAUUUAGCUUUUUGCAUCCGGCUCCGGAUGUGUUCCGAAUCCAUAUUCAGGGGCCGGCGUUGAGCCCGCAAGGGUAGCUACAUGCGUAGAGGUUCGAGGUUGAGAUGAGCAGCUUCCGCGCCAAUGGCUAGUGGGCUUUAAGGUUGUCUGUCUUCCAUGUUAGCUUCUGGCCCAGUUCUGGACCGUUGAAACUACAGCUGUACGUCCGCAAUCGGUGGGCCCACAACCUCAUCCCGUUCCUCCUUUUUACUAAACCUCAACCUUCGCCCCUGGACCUGGGCAUCCACUCUCUUAAUUCCCACAAAGUGACAUUGCCAAGUCCCAAGUCCCACGCAACCCCACCACACCCUUUGAUUACAAUGGACGCACCAGCGGCGGAGUCCAAGACGGUCAGGGUCAACCCCGAGGACGCCCGGGCAUUUGUCGAGGCCGUGCUGCAGGCCAACGGCGUCUCGGGGCCCAACGCCGCCAUCACCGCCCGCGGGCUCGUGCAGGCCGACCUGCGCGGCGUCGACAGCCACGGCAUCAACCGCCUGCCCUCCUACGUGGCCCGCAUCCGCGCCGGCGUCCUGGAUCCCAAGGCCGAGCCGACUGUUACCAAUGUGACCCCCGUCGUGGCCCAGGUCGACGGCCACAACGGGUUCGGCUUCCCGGCCGCCCACGCAGCGAUGGAGGCAGCCAUCGCGGCAGCAGGCACAUUCGGCAUCGGCAUGUCGAGCGUCAAGCACAGCAACCACUUCGGCAUGUCGGCGUGGCUAGUGCAGCAGGCCGCCGACGCCGGCAUGAUGAGCCUCGUGUUCACCAACUCGUCGCCGGCGCUGCCCGUGUGGGGCGGCCGGUCCAGGCUGAUGGGCGUGUCGCCCAUCGCCUGCGGCGCGCCCGGCGCGACGCCCGACCGGCCCUUCAUCCUCGACAUGGCGCCCAGCGUCGCCGCCCGCGGGAAGAUCUACAAGGCCCUCCGCAGGGGCGAGAGGAUCCCCGCCGACUGGGCCCUCGACGCCGACGGGAGGCCCACCGACGACCCCGCGAGGGCCCUCGAGGGCGUCAUGCUCCCCAUGGGCGGGCCCAAGGGGUCGGCGCUGGCCAUCAUGAUGGACGUCUUCUCGGGGGUUCUGUCUGGGUCUGCCUUUGCGGGGGGAGUCACGGGCCCGUAUGACAUGUCGAAGCCGGGAGAUGUGGGGCACUUCAUCGUCGCGAUCAAGCCUGACCUCUUCAUGGGCCUUGACGAGUUCAGGGAGCGGAUGGGCACGCUAUAUCAGCGGGUUGUCGGCUCGGAGAAGAUGCAUGGCGUCGAGAGAAUAUACUUUCCCGGCGAGAUCGAGCAGUUAAGAGAGGAAGAGAGAUUACGGGACGGUAUACCGUAUGUCCAUGACGAGAUCACUAGCCUCAAUGUCGAAGCAGAGCGGGUUGGUGUGGCCAAGAUCAAGGUCAUGCCAAGUUAGUAAUCUCCGCUGCUAGUGUGUCUAUAGAAAGUUCAAAACGCAACUCUACAUCAAGUCAGUAAGUCCUAAUGAGGUAGUACAUCGGUGGGGAGUUGGGGUGAUAUUGUUUAGACUUGCAAAGAUCAAUGCUAUUUAAAUAUGGUUUCCAAACAAGCUGCUAUCUGCAUGUACCUAACCAAGGAGAAAUGGGAAAAGAGAAGUGGGGGAAUAAAAAGAGAGAUAGCCUCGUGGUUGUAAGUGAGAUAGAAACAAGAACACAAUUGAAACAAAAAGAAAAAAAAUAUAUGGUCA